AUGGAUGAUUUAGUUUGUUCUGAUGACCCUUUACACCCCGCAAACCUUAUACCCGAAUUAUGUAGGUUGUUUUAUAACUUGGGAUGGGUUACCGGAACUGGUGGUGGGAUAUCUAUUCGUCAAGGGGAGCAUGUGUAUAUAGCACCCUCAGGUGUCCAAAAAGAGAGAAUGCAACCACUCGACAUGUUCGUUCUCGAGCUUUCAACACGCAAAAUUCUUCGAGCUCCGGAAGUACAUCGUCCUUCAGCUUGUACUCCAUUAUUUUAUAAUGCUUAUACGAUGCGUAAUGCUGGAUCAU